AUGAGCGCUAGGAGGGAGGGCUGCGCGGGGCAGCAAGUGAUGCCUGUUGCAGCAUGUGGAAAAAAAGCAUCGGAGAUCAGAGGGGAGCUAUUGCAAGUUUUUCCUGAUUCUACUCCAUCACUUGAAACUGUUUCCCGCUGGAUUCGAGCUUUCGCAGCCGGGAAAACUCAGCUGGAAGAUGAUCAUCGCUCUGGGCGCCCUCGGACAUCCGUGACCGAAGCAACAACUGCCCGUGCGCGAGCCAUCAUUGACGAGGAUCCAACAGUCACUCUUCGGUUCUUAUCCUUGGAGCUUGACGUCAGUUAUGGGAGUGCACAUGACAUCGUGCAUCAACACUUAGGGCUGAGGAAGAAGUGUGCCCGAUGGAUACCCCAUUUGCUAACGGAAGAGCAGAAAAGCGAACGGGUGCGGAUUUGUCGUCAUUGGCUGUCUGAGUUCGAGCCAAAUGGUCCAAAACGGUUCUCAGAUGUUGCUACUGGAGAUGAAUGUUGGAUUUCUUUCUUCACCAACAGAGAUAAGCAAUCUAACAUGGUGUGGUUAAGUGAUGAAGAGCCUCGACCUCAGAUUUUGAAGGAAGGAUUUCGCAGCAGGAAGCGCCUUUUCACAAUCUUCUUCAAUUCUCAGGGACCAAUGUGUGUGGAUGUAAUGCCUCAACAAUCUACUAUCACAGCCCAGUACUACAUUGACCAAGUCCUUCCUCAAGUCCUGGAACAUCAGGCCAAGUCUGCACCAAGCCGCCGCCGAUCGCGCCUUUUGCUGCACCACGACAAUGCUGCACCCCACAAAGCUCGCCUCACUCAGCAGUUCCUGGAGGAGCAGGGGAUCACACUUCUCCCCCCAUCCACCCUACUCACCUGA